CGCCUCCAGCGCCUCCACCUACUCCACCCCAACGCCGCCCCUGCACCUCCACCAACACUAGCCCCACCACCGCCUCCAGCACCUCCUCCUACUCCACCUCCGACACCACCUCCCACGCCAACGCCUGCUCCGCCACCACCCCCUGCACCUACACCACCUCCAGCGCUACCGCCUGCUCCACCUCCAGCGCCACCGCCCACUCCGCCACCAGCGCCACCGCCUACACCUCCACCGACACUAGCUCCACCACCGCCUCCUACACCCGCACCUCCACUGCCUCCGGCACCUCCUCCAACACCACCUCCCACACCACCGCCUGCUCCACCACCACCUCCGGCACCUACGCCACCUCCUCCUCCACCUCGACCCACUCCACCUCCACCGCCACCACCUGCCCCGCCUCCAGCGCCUCCACCUACUCCACCCCCAACGCCGCCCCCUACACCUCCACCAACACUAGCCCCACCACCGCCUCCAGCACCUCCUCCUACUCCACCUCCGGCACCACCUCCCACGCCAACGCCUGCUCCGCCACCACCCCCUGCACCUACACCACCUCCUGCACCUCCGCCCACUCCACCUCCAGCGCCACCACCCACUCCGCCACCAACGCCACCGCCUACACCUCCACCGACACUAGCUCCACCACCGCCUCCUACACCCGCACCUCCACCGCCUCCGGCACCUCCUCCAAUACCACCUCCCACACCACCGCCUGCUCCACCACCACCUCCGGCACCUACGCCACCUCCUCCUCCACCUCGACCCGCUCCACCUCCACCGCCACCACCUGCCCCGCCUCCAGCGCCUCCACCUACUCCACCCCCAACGCCGCCCCCUACACCUCCACCAACACUAGCCCCACCACCGCCUCCAGCACCUCCUCCUACUCCACCUCCGGCACCACCUCCCACGCCAACGCCUGCUCCGCCACCACCCCCUGCACCUACACCACCUCCUGCACCUCCGCCCACUCCACCUCCAGCGCCACCACCCACUCCGCCACCAACGCCACCGCCUACACCUCCACCGACACUAGCCCCACCACCGCCUCCUACACCCGCACCUCCACCGCCUCCGGCACCUCCUCCAAUACCACCUCCCACACCACCGCCUGCUCCACCACCACCUCCGGCACCUACGCCACCUCCUCCUCCACCUCGACCCGCUCCACCUCCACCUCCACCACUACCGCCUGCCCCACCUCCAGCACCUCCACCUACUCCACCCCCAACACCGCCCCCUGCACCUCCACCAACACUAGCCCCACCACCGCCUCCAGCACCUCCUCCUACUCCACCUCCGGCACCACCUCCCACGCCAACGCCUGCUCCGCCACCACCCCCUGCACCUCCGCCCACUCCACCUCCAGCGCCACCGCCCACUCCGCCACCAACGCCACCGCCUACACCUCCACCGACACUAGCCCCACCACCGCCUCCUACACCCGCACCUCCACUGCCUCCGGCACCUCCUCCAACACCACCUCCCACACCACCGCCUGCUCCACCACCACCUCCGGCACCUACGCCACCUCCUCCUCCACCUCGACCCGCUCCACCACCACCUCCGGCACCUACACCACCUCCUCCUCCACCUCGACCCGCUCCACCUCCACCACCACCGCCUGCCCCACCUCCAGCACCUCCACCUACUCCACCCCCAACGCCGCCCCCUACACCUCCACCAACACUAGCCCCACCGCCUCCUCCUGCUCCACCCCCGACACCUCCACCUACUCCACCCCCGACACCCCCUCCCGCACCAACGCCUGCUCCACCACCUCCGCCACCGCCAGCUCCUACUCCGACACCACCACCACCACCACCACCAUAGCAGCUAGCUGUGCUGCUGACCUUGUAAACCUGGCCAUCUUUUUGGCUCACACAAACCCGAACAUCUCCUUGCCCUCG